AUGUGGAUGGAAGAUUUAAGACCAAUAUGUCUAGUCAAGAGGACCCUUGCGUGGCUACUUCAGUCCAGGAACCCCUGCAGUAGAGGCCAGGGUAGGGACCUGGGUAGCAUAAACACUGAGCCAGGCUCUGGAGUUCGGGACAGAGGAGGGACUGCUGGUUCAACAGCCGUGUCUCACUAUGCUCUUUGUGGUCAGAUUAUGGCAUACUGCAAUAGCCUGAGAGCCCUGGUGGAAGAUUUCCCUACCAUCAGGGACACCUUUUUCAUGGUGGGCCAACCAAAAGAAAAGAAAGGGUUGAGAGACUCCAAGGAGAGCCUCAAGGCUGACCCCAGGAGUUUUCAGCCGCGGCCUCGGUGUUUGCUGUCUGCUGAUGGGAAAGUCUUCCUCAAUUUAUGGUUCCUACCACAUCCUUCUGAAGUGCUGGGUAUGUUCAAACCUCUGCCAGAAAAGGCAGCUUUUCGAGGCUUACAGCUAACUCUACAGCUGUUAACCCCUCUCCAUGACAUUGUGGCCUACCUUUUCAGUUUUGCUAAACUUGGAAAUUGUCCAACAUGCUUUGAAUUUCCUCUAAGUGCUAACCCCCUGAAAGGUGACUGGGGAGGAACUGAGGGCAUUGGGUCUGAGCUUCAAGAGCUGCAGAAAAUGAUUGACAGCCUCCAGAACCCCCAAGACCCUAUCCAGAUGUCCCAGGCACUCCUCCUUCGAAGGGAGGUUAUAUUUUUGCAGUUUGAUGCUGCAGUGAGGCACCUCAUCCGCUUAAGUGUCUCUAAACACAGAGAUAUUAAAGUGUGCUUCAGGGUAUCUGGAGAUUUCUUAGAUACAGAGAAAGCCUCCUGUGAGCCAGGCCUGGCUUAUGACCAUGGUCCUGGUCCCCAGUGUCUGAGAAAUGAAGAGCCACAUCCUCUGCCUGGCCUCCUCUGGGCUACUUUGCAGGUGCGAAGGCAGCACAUAAUAGUGGACCUUAAUUUUAGGCCUUACGCCACACUUUUCUCCUCCUUCAUUGCUCUCAGACGGAUGAUAAGAACAUUUUUGGCAGCUGGAAAUGCUCCUGCCUACCAGUCUGUCACAGACGGCAUGUAUCAUGGAUUGCCACCACUGAGCAACUCUCUUGUGAAAAGCAUUUUUGCUUCACAGCCCAGCCCGCCCCAGCCACUGGAUCCAUGGAGCCUACAGGCAUCUGUGCUAUUCCCUUGGAGAGCAUUUCUGGAAGAUGGAGGACUAUUUCCAGUCAUGAGUAGCAGCCCAGAUACCCUAGAAUAUAAUAUGCAGAUGUGCUUCUGUAGGCUGAGCAACCGUGACCUUAAGGCGGCUCAUGGAGAGCUGGUGGGCGUGCAGCUGCUUUUGGAAGAUGUACUUCUGAGCAGUGAUCACAUGAUCAUAGAGGAUCCCUCCAGACAGCAAGCCACACUGGAUAACUUUCAGGCAGAUUUGUCCAGAGUGCCAGUAUUCAGAAGUCCAUUCCAAAGCAGCCCAAAAGCCUCCAGGCUGCUGAGGGGCCCAUGCAAUGCAGUGAUGUCCUUUGCUUUCUUGAGAUCAUUUCUGGUGCUGUGGAAGCAGCUGGAAUUGCUAAAGGAGCACUGGGGCGGACUCAAACUGCAAGUCCAGGAGAGCGAUUCUGUCUCCUUCCACAAACAGUUCUCAGAACUCUACGAAACUGACAUUCUCUACCCCAGCAUGAAAGCUAUAGCUAGGCGGAUGGGGAAAGAAGAUGAAUUCGUAGGUAUUAUAAUAAGUAGUCAGUCUAUUCUUCCCCCCAAUGGAGCUUCAGAAAUUGAAAUAAAAACCCAGCAGCUUCAGAAACUUCUGGAAAAUCUUGAAAUUCAUAUGAUCCAAGAAGUAUUAAGAAAAGUUAACAGAGAGAUAGCACUAGUGGUAUCAAAAAAAUCCAAGGAGCAGUGUACUCUCCCUCCCUACAGGUAAAACCUUUGGAAGCACCAUGUCAUGAAAGAAAACUUUUCCGUUAGCAGACCACAGAUAGUUGAAAAAUUUAAACAGAAAUUAAUGGAAAAUUACCAGGAUGGUGGACUAGAGAUCACAUUCAGAAAAGACCACCUUGAGGCCUGCCUCCUUUCCUUGGGUUGUGAUGUGAUGGCGAGAGAACACAGCAACUUCGAGAGCUACUCCAUGUGUUAUGAGCAUGUGUUGGAGCAUGCUAGGCAGAAGCUCUGUCAGAAAGAGCAGGAAUUAGAUAUUAUCCGAAGAAGUUCAGAUCCACUUGAAGACAACGCUGGUCAGGUUGCAGAGCUCAGUCCUACUAUGAUCAUGGAAAUCACUGCUCUAAGAGCUCGACUCACAGAUUUGGAACAGGAAAAUCUGAAUCUCAACAAGCAGAUUAGAAAAGAAGUCCAGGAAGAAUACGAAGCCUUAAUCCGAGCUUUGUUUGUGACAUGUGUGCACAUAAAAGAAAAGCUGGAUGAGCAUCAGAUUAAUUUGAUCCAGAAAGUGUGUGAGCUCAUCGGCGAAGUAAGAACAGAAGGGAUUGACAAUUUGAAGGGCCUAAAGACAAAAUGCGGUUCUGCCAGACCUGAUGAAGGAACAAAAGAAAACCCAGCCAAAGAGCAGCUGCAGGCCUUGGAGCAGGACAGCAGCAGCCUGGCUGCACUUGUGUGCAAAGUGAGGAGCCUGGGCCACUAGAGGCUGGCUGUGCAGCAGGCUCGUUUCCAGGGCCAGCUGAACAGGGCAAAGAAGGAAGCUCUGCAAAGUAAAAAAGAGUGCUUGAGCAUCCAGCUUAUGGCAGAACAAGAAGUGGUUUUAUUUCGUCAACAGUUACUGGCUCUAAGGCAGGCCCUGGCCAGGGCUCAGGCCGACAACACCAGGAUGCACGAGCGGCAGGAUAACCAGGCUCGACUGCUGAGAGAGUUGCAACACCGAGCAACCCAGGAGGCUCGCCACCAGCAACAGAUGGAUCUACUGAAAACCCCCAGCAUGGGGGCGCUCUUGGAAGAUGUGGAGCAAAAGGAACAGCACCUGCAGCUCCUGACGGAAGUGGCUAAGAGGGCUUCCAGACUGGGCCAGCUGCAGCAGAAGAGAAGUCAGAGGGAACUCCAACAGAUGAGAAGCCGGCUUGCCCAGGAGCGCAGUGUGAAGCUGGAUGCUUUCCAGAGCGUACAAGAGCUACAAAGUCAGCUUAAUGAUGCCGAGCGAUUGUCUGUCCAGAUGAGCUCACCAGGUGGCCUUAUACCUCGGGCUCAGUAUUCCCUCCGUUCUGCGCCCACAUCAUCCAGACACUCACAGCAACACCUUUUAAAGACUAAUCUUAUGAGCAGUAAAAUAACAAGAAGGAUUCAAAGGCCAGACACUGUACCUAUUAAACACAAAAAAAAGGUCGACAACGUCUUUCUACCCAAUGUGGCAGAAAAUGUUCAACAUUCAGCUUUUCAAGUUCGCACAGCUCCAUCUAUAAUCCCAUAAGGACCUGACUGGUAAUCAUAUAUGCUUUUCCACAUUUUGUUUCCUUG